CAGGCGAGCAUCUGUAGUACAGUUGUUCAGUCGAGAAGAGGGCCGACACAACAGCAACAGACACCGGGCGGCUCGACGUCAGAAGUUAACAGUCGGUUUCUGCUGCUCUGGACUGUCGAAAUUUCGUGAACAACAACAGUAAUCAUGGCGGAGGCCCACCAGGCGGUGGCCUUUCAGUUCACCGUCACACCGGAGGGCAUCGAUCUGCAGCUGUCCCACCAGGCCCUCACUGAGAUCUACCUCUCUGGUGUGCGCUCCUGGAAGAAGCGUAUCAUCAGACUCAAGAACAGUGUGAUAACAGGGGUAUAUCCUGCUAGUCCUUCCUCCUGGCUUUUUGUGGUCAUAGCAAUCCUGGCUACUAUGUACACUCGCUCCGACCCCUCCAUGGGACUGAUAGCCAAGAUACAGGAGCACCUGCCAGUCAGCCAGUCGAUGAGUACCCAGUGCCAGGCGCUGGUGUCAGCCGUGCUCUUCAGCACCAUGCUAUGGCUCUUGCUCAUCUUCACCAUGCGCCUGUGCCUCAAGCAGCUCCUCUCCUACCACCGCUGGAUGUUCGAGCAGCACGGCAAGAUGUCCAACACCACCAAAGUCUGGGUGGCGCUGGUGCGGAUCUUUUCUGGCAGAAAGCCUCUGCUCUACAGCUACCAGGGUUCGUUGCCAAACCUGCCUUUGCCUGCCAUCAAGGACACAGUCAAGAGGUACUUGGAAUCUGUGCGUCCACUGAUGGAUGACACGGAGUAUGAACGCAUGACCAAGCUGGCAGCAGAGUUCGAGAGCAGUGUCGGUAAUCGCCUGCAGUGGUACCUCAAGCUCAAAGCUCUCUGGGCCGCUAACUACGUUAGCGACUGGUGGGAGGAAUAUGUCUAUCUACGUGGACGCAGCCCAAUAAUGGUCAACAGUAACUAUUAUGGCAUGGACUUCUUGUAUGUGACACCCACACCCAUCCAGGCAGCCAGAGCAGGCAACAGCAUCUAUGCAUUCUUCCUAUACCGCCGCAAACUCAACAGAGAAGAGAUUAAACCUAGUCGUAUACCAGGCACUGUCAUUCCUCUGUGUGCAGCUCAGUGUGAGAGGAUGUUCAACACCACACGCACUCCUGGAGAGGAGACUGACUCGGUGCAACACUGGCAGGACAGUGACUACGUAGCGGUAUACCACAGGGGUCGCUACUUUCGUCUUAAGGUGUACCAGGCAGGCAGACUGCUGUGCCCCCGGGAGAUUGAAUUCCAGAUUCAGAGGAUCCUUGACGACACUUCACCUCCUUCCAAAGGAGAGGCCAAACUGGGGGCCCUGACAGCUGGAGACAGAAUUCCAUGGGCUAGAGCCAGGAUGAAGUAUUUCAGCAGUGGGGUCAAUAAACGCUCUCUGGACUGCAUUGAGAAAGCCGCCUUCUUUGUGACCCUGGAUGAUGACGAACAGGGCAUGAUGGGAGACGACCCGGCAGCCAGUUUAGAUUGCUACGCCAAAUCCUUGUUGCAUGGGAAAUGUUACGACAGGUGGUUUGACAAGUCUUUCUCAGUCGUUUACUUCAAGAAUGGAAAAAAUGGCAUAAAUGCAGAGCACUCGUGGGCCGAUGCACCAGUGUUAUCACACUUAUGGGAGUACACCUUGGCCACCGACUGUUUCCAGCUCGGGUAUAAUGUGGAGGGUCACUGCAAAGGAGAAGUGGAUUCAUCACUACCACGGCCACAGAAGCUCAACUGGGAAAUCCCACCAGAGUGUGAGGAGCAGAUCUCCCAGUCUCUCGCAGUCGCCCAGGCCCUGGCUGACGAUGUGGACUUCCACGUUUUUGCCUUCCGAGACUUUGGCAAAGGAAAAGUGAAGAAGUGUCGAGUCAGUCCAGAUGCCUUCAUUCAGAUGGCUCUUCAGUUGGCCUACUACAGGGACCGGAGGACGUUUUGUUUGACAUACGAGUCCUCCAUGACCCGUCUGUUCAGGGAGGGCAGGACCGAGACUGUUCGCUCCUGUACCAAUGAGAGCAGUGCCUUCAUCCGAGCGCUGGAGGGUGGAGAGGCAGCAGAUGUGUGCAGGCGUUUGUUCCGCACAGCGACAGAAAAGCACCAGCAUCUAUACUGCAUGGCCAUGACUGGAGCUGGCAUCGACAGACACCUCUUUUGCCUCUAUGUGGUGUCCAAAUACCUCGGACUGGAGUCUCCUUUCUUGAAAGAGGUCUUGUCUGAGCCUUGGCGGCUGUCCACCAGUCAGACUCCAAUCCAGCAGAUGGAGCUGUUCGACAUGGUCAACCACCCAGAAUACGUCUCCUGUGGAGGGGGCUUUGGACCGGUGGCUGAUGACGGUUAUGGAGUGGCCUACAGCAUUCUGGGAGAGAACGUCAUUAACUUCCACAUCUCAUGCAAGCGCUCAUGUCCAGACACUGAUGCCCAUGAGUUUGGCGCUCAGAUCAGAAAAGCCCUGCACGACCUGAUACAGCUGCUGAGCCCCAACCAAAAAGAGCCCAACAAAACAGAAAAGAGUCGGCCAGAGGUCAAGAAAGACCUGUAGGCGGCUACUCAGGGGAAAAGGAUGCAGAAGGGAAGGUGUGCACGCAUAAAUGUCACACCAUGACAUGGGGAAAGACAGGGUUUUUUCCCUUCACGCAUUGGGAGAAUUUUAUAGCCAGCUAGAUGAUAUUCAAGAGACAGCUCCAUGGGGAAACUGAUAUAAUGGAGGUGAUGUUUUUACUGAUUUGCAUCUGUAUUUUGUCUAUGUAUAUUAGUUUUGUGCCAGGUGGGUGAAAAGGAAAAAGGUCCUUAGGAUAACUAAUCAAGAAUUGUGAUUCAAGUGCUGUAUGGUUUGUUGGUUUAGAUUAGUUUUAACAGUCACACCAUUGGCAAAAACAUAAACAUGAAUCCUUAGUGAAGAAGUUCUUUCUGUGACAUGGUCUGAUUGUUGUCAAAUCAAACCACAAGUAUGAACUGCACCGCUCGAAGUUAGGUUAGAAAUUCCGAACGCUUAUUGCAGGAAGUCAUUUGAUAUAAAUUCAAGGGCAGUAUAUUUUGACACCACUAAGUAUGCCACACUUUUUGUGCCACUAAUUAUCUGUUGAUGAAUUUGUUUGUGUGAUGCAUCCUGAGUCUCGGAGCAUUAGCGUGGAGAGGGACUGUUGCAGGAGUGUUGAGGCGAUUCCACUUCCCACCAUCUGAAUGCCAAAUUGCAGUAACAGUAGUGCAGUAACAGGUAUUUUAAACUCUUGGAAGUCUGUGACUUCACCGUGUUUACUCAUUCUGUAUAAAUCUGCUUUCUAUAAAACCACAUGAUUGUAAUGCUGUGCUGAGAGUGCCAGGCUGUUUAUACAUGCAGUGAACUGACAUGGCUUUAUUAAACCCAAGGUUGGCAUUACUCUUCUACUGGUAUUAUAUUCAGUGCCAACUUUUACGUUUUCAAACAUAUUCAAACUGUACAUACAAGUAACGUAGAUCCGUUUUUCUUUCAGUGCUCAGUAGGCAUCUCAACCUUACCAAGCUAAAAAUGUACUGUAAUGAACACCAGUUAUUUCACUGCCAUCUAUCCGUCUGUUUUGUAUGUUUUAGCAUUAAACAAGCACCAUAACAAUGCAAGCUAUAUUUAUGAACUUCAAGUGCAGGUAUUCAGUCUCAAGCAGUGCUGCAGGUCAGUUGUGGAUUACACGUGGACAUUUUGUAGUCAAAGCCACCUGGUUCAGAGGAUGGUGUGUUACCAGUGUGGCAGAUUCCUCUGUUAUUCUCCAUUGAUUAUUGCCUUGUUUUGUUUCAUUUCCGAUGAGUUGAGCUUGUCUCAUUUUAUUGCUAUUGUCAGCCUUUUUUAUUGCAAUAUUACGAGGGAACAUAAAGUCAUUCUUAAAG